GGGAAGAAAGACAUACUCCUAGUCGCUCAGUUAAUGCUGCAGAAACCGGGAUAAGCCCGACGAAGAUUUGACGUGAAUGAUACCAUUCAAAUGCAACAAUGUCCAACGAAUCAGGUUCUAGAAUCGGGAAAAGGGGGCAAAUAAAAGGCGGGAUAUCACUAGUUAGUGAGUGAGCCUGUAUCAAGUCUUUGAAGGAUGAACUGGGAGAGGAGCAACAUAAUUUUGCCGCAAGCAACGCCGCAAGCGAUUAGUUGGUCCUGGGCACUGGGAAUCUCACGGUUUAGGACUGGGCCAAAACAACAAGAAGUGCGUCGAGUUUCUUAGUUUCUAACGCGGAAAGAGAAAGAUAAUUGUGAUAGUUCAAGUUUCUGUUAGUAUGUGAUGUCGAGAAAAAGUUAUGGAACGUUUUUGAAUAGUCUCAGCUCAGACAAAACAGAGCUCAGAUCGAUUGGUGAGGCAACUGGAGCAGACCAGAUGAACAUCAGUGUUACCCAGCCCUUUUACCCAGUGUUCCCAAAGCAAGAUGUGAUGAUGCAAAACAGACUUCCUCUUCUCUGCCAUACAUUUGUACACUGGAAAUCAAGCCUUGGAGUAACUUGUAUCUUGAUCUGUCUCCAUUUAAGUAUAAUUGGGUUAUUUACACUAUCACUGACAUCAUAUGAAGGCUCUGCAACUUGGCAUUCCAUAGCUCAGUAUCUUUUCUCUUGUGGUACAUUUGGAUUCACUGGAGGCUGUGUGAACCAUUUAGCGGUGACCUUAUUUUUUAAAAGAAUUCCUGGUCUUUGUGGAAGCGGGAUUGUUUACAAUCGCUAUCAAGAUAUUUGUGAAAGUGUGAGGACCUCAGUUAUCAAUACCCUCUUUGAUGAGACAUUUUUAGAAUUGUACAGCACAAAGAAAUUAAACCAACAAAUAGUGCAACUGAAUGUUGAAGGACAUCUGCAGAGAAUAUUACAGUCAGAGGCAGUUGAUAAACUUAUUGGUACCGAGCUUCAUAAUUUGGCAACGUCCCCAGAAGGACAGCUUCUGUCUAGUGCUGGCAUUAAACUUUCAUCUCUUAGACCACUGGUUAAACCCUAUGUAGUUGAACUAUUGACUGAUGUAGUUCCUGUUGUUAUGGAGCAAUUGUCCUCCUAUGCUCAGGGUGAAGGCAUAAAAAGACUACAACAGGAAGUUAAAAGAUACACAACAAGGAAAAAAGAUGAAGUGUCCUCUGAAAGAGUAGAGCUAUUAAUAAGAGAAAUUAUCUAUAGCCAUUUAAAUCUUUUGAUUGUACUAGGUUGUGCUGUUGGCAUAUCCCUUGGCAUAAUAUCAAAACUAACAGGAGUAGGUCAAGUGCUUUAAAUUUCUAAUAUAAUUUUAACUUUAUCAUAUUAGUAAAUGGAACUAUUGCUAAUUCUAGCAUUUUCAGUUAGUUUAAUUAAAUAUAUUUUUCAUGUGGCACUGUUUCUUAUGUCACCAAAAUUGUAUGUGUGGUUCAUAAAGAAGGCAAAAGGUGCUCAUAUUGCUCAUGAGAUUUCUUGUAUAAACUGUCAAAUUUAUUUCUUUUUUUCUCUUAUUUAUUUCACAAAUGAUUCCUGUUUUGAUCCUCUUGGCUAAAAGUUAAAAGUUUCAAACCAUUGGCAGAAAGCCGAACACCUUGCUUGUGGUUUUGUUAUGGUAAUGUCAAUUUAAAAAGUCAAUUUAUAAGCCUCAACAUUGAAAAUACAUGCAUGCCAUGACAUUCCAGUAGUCCUACGUUUUUAUGAUAUACAAAAUUGUUGUCACUCAAAGGACAUCAAUGAAAAAAGUUCUUAUCUCUUUCAAGACAGUUAAACUUCCUUUUAAUGUGGCUCGACGGUCUGUGUAAAAAAUACCUCUGUCAAGAUGGCAUUUAUAUUGGGGAGCUUUAGAUUGGACUAUGAGUACGAGACUGAGUACGAGUACGAUUUUCAAUUUUCAAAUCAGUGACGUUUCCAGAGUCUUUGCUGUUCAUGCUGGUUUUAUGCAGAGAGGGUAGCUCAUGGGAUGAGAUGGGUGUGUGUUGUGAUAAUGUGAAGCCUGAAAACUAGAAUUGAAAAGUCGUCCUUUUACUCGAUCUCGUACUCGCACUAAAAUCUUAAGUCCCCUAUUAACACUAGUUUUAACAGCAGCUUACAGUAAAUAGAAAAUGGCAUUUCAGGGUAUUUUUUGGCAGCAAAAUAAUUCAUUCAUCAUCAUCAUCAUCAUCAUCAUCAUUAUUCAUCAUCAAUGGUAAAUUCCCAUGGAUGAAGUUAAAUUUAAUAUUCAAUCUUUUAUUUCUGUUUGAUUUAAGUUUUUUUCUUAUCAUAGAUAGAUAUACUGAAAUAAACUUUAUUGAAAAGUAGAAUAAAAGAGCUAACAGAAAUAUCUUUGUUCAUAGUGAUUUUGUAUUUAGAGUUGUGCCAAGCAGCAAAGUAAUUGUGUGAACGCACACACUGUGAUUGAGCGUCAACAGACAUUCUGUCCUGCUGCUUUGAAUGAUGAGUACAAGGUCCAGCAUUUAACGUUAAAUUGUUCUUGUUCUUUUCAUUGAUUUCAUUCUUUACUUAUGGUGGACUCAUUCACUGAUAGUGAUUGAGACUUCUUUGCACGUCCAAGAAAUGUAUCAUCAUCUUGAUCUGUUACCCCCUAGUACACAAAAAAUUCCUCAGUGUCAGGAACUGAUGUAAUUUUUAGUCAUGUUGCAAUGGUAAUGUUAUAUCAUGUCUACAGUAUUAAACUGUGUGCUAGUCCUGUCAGUACUUUCUAGUAGUGUUUGACACAAACCUGGAAUGCACUUUGCAGUCUGCAGACAGGUACUAUAUCAUCUGCUUGUUCUUCUGCAUAACAAUCCAGUGUAUGAAUGUCCUUCAGUGUCUGUGGGAAUGGUGUUUUGUCAUUUUCCAUCCAAAAAACAUCCUGAGUUAAAUCUUCUGGCCAGUCUUUUGAACUUGUGGCUUUUCUAUUUGUUAUCAAUGCACUUUCACAACACCUGAGUUUGGCCUUUGGGCCUGUAAUAUCUGGCAUUACUUCGGUAGUAGGGAGUGGUGUGCCUUUCUCGACCUGUUCCAUAAAGCAUGGUCGUUCUUGUACAAUAGCUGAAGAUCUUUGUUCUCUCACUUCCUGCACCUCUGACAGAAGAAGUGAUCUGGCACAAGUGCCUGGGUCUACUGCAUCUUUUGCUUCAUGAUCAAACCGACAGUUUUCUUGACUGGAUGAAUCUUCAUAAAAAGAUAUAUCUCCUGCAGCCAGAUCAUCAAAAUAGUCCUCAGCUCCACCUGCCCCACUGUUGGGCUCGUCAUUCUGAAAUGCCUGUCAAGAAACACGAUAGCCAAAAAGGACAUUACUAAAUUUAAGCUUAUCUGUUGCCAUAGUUAUCUUUUGAACUUUGGCUGUAUUACUCUGAGGAAAUAGAUUAAUAAAUGAUUGCACAAACAAGAUCUAUAAAUUAAAUUAAAUUAAAUAAGCAAUUUAUUAAAGGACUAAUUCGUACAGCAUUAUUUAGAUCAUUCGAGCUGACAUUUGUUGGAAAGUAUUUCUGUAAUGUAUGACUGGUAAUAAGAAAAUAUUUGUGUUUGGUUUGGAUCAACAAUUGUCGAAAGAUUAGCAAUUAUGUGCAAUUUGUCCAUACAUAUACAUUCACUGUAAUAAAAAAUAGCGUUCACAUAAA